GUUACAUUAGCUAUUGCAAAACUAUUCUAAGUGGUUCUAGAGUUUCUAAUCUUUCUUUAAUCGUGCAAGAACGAAAAUAUGGCAGAAUAAGUUAAAUCUCGUCUGUGGACAAGAUUCUAUGAAAAUUCUUACAUUUUAUUCUUUUAUUAUCAGCCUACUUGUAUUUUACUUUGUGUUUAUACGAAAAAAGUGCAGUUCUGUAUAGUGGAUUUUGAUUAAAACAAUGACGGCAACAAGUGAAGGUGGGCAGCCCCGUCGGUCAAAGGGGUUUACUAUAGACUCAAUUAUUGGAACCGAUAGUGAAAGACAGACCGACAAACGAUCGAAAACCCCGGAUUCGGUAAACGAAUGUAGAAGUGCAAAAAUAGCAAAAGUAUCGCAUAGUAAAAGUGACUUUGACGUCGAUAUAGAGCGAAAUAGUUUAGAAAAAGAACAUCGUCAUGAAAAUAUACAUUCGCGGAAACAUUUACCGCACGAGAUAUUACGGACUAAAGAUUCACCCAGUGAUUUAGACAAUUCUAUUCUACACAGGACUUCUACAACAUUACAUAGAGACUCUUUGAGAGAUUUUAAUUUAUCUAGUGCUAAUAUCCGAGAAGGUGUUCGGACAGUUUCCUCGCCGGAAACACUAAGACAACUUCAUGAAAAUUUAAUACACAGUGCUGGGGUGAGUCCCGGUGGUGCCGUGCAUCUGGGCCAAUUAGAGGCUCACAGACAAUUUAGGCAUCCACUGGCAUCCAUGAACAUGGGCGGGUACCCUCCACAGAUGCCGGUCGGGCCUCAGAUGCACCCUAUGCUUCUAAAUGGAGGGCGUGACCUCCGACAUAUGUACCCCUACAUUACAGACAGAUAUCCAGGAUGUUUCCUGCCCAGAUACGGUAUGGGUGGUAUGCCUGGACUGUUUUUCCAACCAUACAGAAAACCAAAGCGAAUACGUACCGCAUUCUCCCCAAGUCAGCUGCUUCAGUUAGAGAAAUCAUUUGAGAAAAGUCAUUAUGUAGUUGGUCAGGAGAGAAAAGAUCUGGCCAAUGAACUUCAACUUACAGAAACGCAGGUAAAAGUAUGGUUUCAAAACAGAAGAACAAAAUACAAAAGAACAAAAUCAGAACAAGAUGGCGGGACAUCGGGUGAUGGUCAGUUUGAUGAAUCUAAAUCUGAAAGUGAUAUAAGUGACAUUGACGAUAUUGAUGACGUAGGCGAUGAAUACAGUGCGCAUGCGUAUCACCAUGUUAUACAAACGUGCUAAAGGUGACAGAAUUGACAAAAUAUACUAUAUAACGUGCAAUUUCUUUGUGAUCUACUCAGUCUGUAUCAUUUUAUUUUUUUAGACCACUACUACCUUUCAUAUUAAACACAAUUUGAUUUUUUGUACGGUGAACUAUUUUCUCUCUCUUCAUUGUUAUGUAAUAUGGUUUAUUAGCAGACUCUUAUAUACUUCCCUCAUACUGUAUUCUAAAUAAUUAGAAUAGAUAAACUAGAACUAUCACACCCACCUCUAGAAACAUAUGAAUACUUCAAAUAUUCUAAAAA